AUGACCGCAGAAAUCCAGACUGAUAACUUCAAAAACAUUGCGAUUGCAGGCGGCACUGGUUAUCUUGGGUCGAAGACCUUGUCCGCUUUGUGUGCCUCCAAGAAAUACACCGUCACUCUCCUCACUCAUGAUCGCAACCAUCGGCCAUCUUCGACACCUGCAGCGGUUAUAGAGGUGGACUAUAGCUCUGAAGAGAGUUUGAUCGCCGCACUCAAGAAUCAAGAUGUACUCAUCUCAGUCCUGGGAAAAACGGCGAUGCCACUUCAAGGAAAGCUGAUCGAUGCAGCUUUGACUGUUGGAGUACGGCGCAUUAUACCCUCUGAAUUCGGGUCGAAUCUACAGAAUCCGAAGUCCAGAACGUACCCCACAUACGCCUCGAAAGUGGCUGUCGAAGAACAGUUAGUGCGUGGAUGUAGAGAUAGCCGGUCUACCUAUACAUUUAUCUAUACGAAUUGCCUGUUUGACUGGGCAAUCUCAACUCGCGGUGCCCUCUUGCUGAACUCUUCCCUCCAAAUGAUUCCAGUGUACGAUGGAGGCGACAAUACAUUCUCGGCAACUACUACAGAGACAGUGGGUCGGAUCGUGGUGGCAGUCUUGGAGCACUUUAAGGAAACGGCGAAUCAAUCAAUAUUCGCUCAUGAUUUCACAAUCAGUUCGAACGAAAUCCUCAAAAUAGCGCGAGAGGUCGCCAGUGACGUAGAAUGGACUGUCUCACAUGUUAACACUAAAGAGGCAGAGACCAGAGCCCGGAUGGCCAUUUCAACAGGUGUCACUUGGGAAGUAUUCUAUGGGUUUGCAGUUAGAGCAGCUUUUGCCCCCGGUUAUGGCGGACUCUUUGAUGGCGAGGAUAACAAAAUGCUGGGCAUUGAAGUGAUGAGUCGGGAGCAAAUUAAAGCAAUGGUAAAAAGCAUUCUCGCUGAGGAAGAUAGUAGCAGUAGGCAAAGGAGGAUUUUAUAG